CUUGUUGUUUGAUGAUUUGUUGAUGGCGGCCAUUCUGACAGUUUCUGCAAGAAGAUGGUUACCAGGUAAUGUAGAUACCCUGAGAAUACCAGCUUGGUCCCAAGGAAUGUAUUCAAGUUAUAAUGAAAUAUGAUACAAGUGACCUACUUUCAAAGCACCUGUCUGUCAAAGCCUCAAACCUGGCAAAGCCCAAGCUGGAUGAAUCCAAUGAUCCACCUUCUCUGUGUUUACACCAGGCUGAAGAACACUGGCCUUAGGAAAUGCUCCUCCCUCUGCCUGGACAUUCAUACCCCACUUCUUCACCUUCAAACUCCUGCUCAUCUUGGAAUCAACACUACAUGUGAGGAGGGGGUGAAAGGAACAGAUUUUGGAAGUGGCCUGGAGAGGAAAACUAGUGGUCAAUAUCACGUGGACAAAUGUUCAGUGUUUUCCAAAGAUGGUGUUGAAGUAGUUUUUCCUACUGCCUUGCUUCACUCAAAGUUCUUCAGAACAUGGGCUGCAUGAAAUCAAAGCAAACUUUCCCAUUUCCCACCACAAUUGAGAGUGACAAGCGGCACCCAAGUGCAGAAAGUUUUAUGUCGGAAGAGAGAUUGCAACCUACAACACCUCCUCCAGUUAUUAAUGAGGAAGUGAAGGAACCCGAAGGACCCAAAGUCGUGGUCUGCGAAUUUGCACAUCGCCUGUCCCAGGAAAUCCUGAGUGAUGCCUUGAAGCAGUGGGCCGACAGGAACACCAAGUACUCUGACAUCCCCUUCAUUGAAAGUGAGGGGCCUUGACCCUGCAGAAUUAUGACACUUUCUUGAACUAUGGACAUAGUUGGUGCUAGUUUAAAUACAUGAAACAAAAGCAAAAAGUUGUAUAAAUAUAUACAUGAUUCCAUCUGAAUGUAAAAAUCAGUCUAUGAUAAUAUCAAGAGUACAGGAAUACCUAAAGUGAAAUGUGUUUUAAGCAAUUCUUUGGUAAUAGCAAUUUCUAUCUGCUCGGUCUUAGAUUUUAGUUACUUAAAGGGUUCAACAUGGGUCCUAUAGUACAGUAAUCCGCUGUAUAUCACCCCACUUUCUUCUUGAGAGAAUAUAGCAUCACCAAAGAAAUAAAAAGUGCCCCAAAUCUCCAAAUAGUUUAAAGACAAUCCUUUAAAAUAACUAUUUUUUAAUUUACACCCAAACCCCCAAGACAUGAAAAGAAUUUCUCUUGAAACGUCUUGGCAAUGGGUUGUUUGUCAAAACCAUGUGUCAAGGAUCCCAUGUGUGUUAGAUCACUUUAUUAAGAUACAACAGUCCCUUGUCACUGAAAUCUACAGGAAGGCAGAGAAAGGCUCUUUAAUGAAAUAAAUAUUUGGCCUUUAAGCAGACAGAAAUGCUACCUCUAAUUUUAACAAUUAUACUUUGGAACCCACAACUGAGUAGAAUGAAUUCUCUAAGUUAUGUAGGCAAAGAAACUUAUUUGAAGUGAAUGAUGCGCUAUCUUUUUGCUGCCUUUGGAUAUCUGGUCAUUUAACCUUCACUUCACCUAGUCCCAGGCCAUCUUAGCAACUCAGAAAAUAGAAAAACCACCCCUGUUUACACAAGGACCUGAAGUCCAUAAGGCUGAGAAAAAAAGUUCCCUAAAACAGCAAAAUGUAUUUUCAGCUCAUGAAAGAAAAAUUUAGGUUUCUGAGUGAUACUACUGACUCAGACAAAAGCCUAGAUGUUGCCAUUUUUCAUUCAUUUUAUAUCUCACAUCAGGAUACUUUUGCUGCAAGGUCAUUUGCUGAAAGAUAAAUUAGGUAUGUAAAAUAAUACAUAUUAUGAUGAUAACACAAAGCCAUAUAAAAGCAGCACAUCACACUAAAAUUUUUGGCACACAUAGGGAUAUUAGCUACUGGGUUUUGAUUUUAUCUAAAUAUUUUAACUUCAGGUUCCUACUUUAUUCUGGGUCCCUAUUUCCCAGGGGUGUAAUGCCCUCCAGACUCACAUCUAGCUGGAAGAGUAAACUGUUGCCACCCGCUCUGACACUCUGGCAGUAGUUUUGUCACCAAGCACCAUGCCCUCACUCCUGAAUCAUUUUAACAGAGCAUAAUAUCCUGUGACACACAGACUUAUCUUGGAAAUGUACGCUAUAUAUGUCAAAUCAUGGACAAGGCACUACAAGGCUUGCAUCAUCAGAGCAUUAGUGGAUAAACCAAGUUGGGAGCAGGCAGGAGAAAGAGCCGCAUAAACAAAUUUGUACUGCGUGCGGUAUAGUUUGGCACUGAUGACAAGAUACAUAAGAACAUCUUUAAUAAGAUAAUUCAGAU